UCAUGCAGGAAACACUGCGCGGUUUGAGACGCACAACUACAGCACAACUACAAUCCUCCAACUUCUUCUGCGCACUUCUUCACUGCAGACAUUACAGGGAGUUCAGGACCGAACUUUGCUCACUAUGGGAGUUCGUGGACUUCACAGCUACAUCGAGAGGAACAGUGAUUUACUGAAGACAUGCUGGUUUAGAGAAAGCAAACUCAUCAUCGAUGGAUCCAACUUGUACUACUUUCUUUACUUCAGGUCUGAUUUGGACCAAGCACACGGCGGAGAUUACGAUGGCUUUGAGAAAAUAGUUACACAGUUUUUCAAAAAUCUCCGAAUCUGCGAUAUUGAGCCCUACGUGGUGCUCGAUGGAGGGACGGACGUCAGUGACAAAAAAUUUGACACCCUGAAGACAAGAUGCCAAGAAAGAAUCCGAAGAGCCAAUGCCUUGUCCAGGGGCCGUUCAGGAGAAGUUUUACCCAUUCUCAUCAAAAACGUGUUCAAGCAGAUCCUCUGGAAACUCGGAAUUCCCUUCAUUCAGUGUCUGGCAGAGGCGGAUUGGGAAGUAGCCGCAUUGGCCAGCGAGUGGAACUGUCCCGUUCUGUCCAACGACAGCGAUUUCUACAUCUUCAACAUCAAGAGAGGAUUUUUGCCCAUCUCUCAUUUCCAGUGGAGGAAAUUGAGUCUGCUGAAACGCAGUAAUAAAAAAAUCAUCCCUGCCAAGUCAUACCAUGUUCUAAAUCUAUGUACUGCCUUUAACCGCAUGAAUAAGUAUAAUCUUUCACUUUUUGCCACCAUCCUGGGCAAUGACUAUACCAACUUGGACAAGAGUGCAUUUCCAAACUUCUCAAAGUUCUCAACCAGACCUGGAGGAACUGCCCAGAUCGAUGGCUUACUCACGUGGUUAUCACGUUUCCCCAGCCCAAAAGAAGCCAUCGCUGCUCUCCUCAGCCCCCUGGGGAAGAACAAGAAAUCAGCCAGCAUUCGAAAAGAAAUAUAUCAGGGAAUGGCAGAGUACAGACUCAAUCCCAGCUCCAUUGCCCAGUUCUUCCUAAGCGGAGAACCUCAGAGAAGGCCUCUAGGCCCUUUACAGAAGCUCCCGGACUGGACUCUGAAACCUCUGGCAGAAGGUAAACUGGCUUCCACCAUCAUUGACAUCCUGACACUGCAGAGGGUCAUGCUGAACUUCCAGGUGGAGGACUUUGGGCUGAGCAGCAGCAGCGAGCCGUCUCGGCUGAUACGACAGGUGACGUACGGCGUACUGCUGUGUACCAGGUGGCAGACAGUCGGUAAACGCAGCACGUCUUCUGGAGAGAAGCAGCAAUACAACGUGGAGGAAUACGACAGGCAGGGAAUGACGCUGACCAGCUCCAUGGUUCCAGCUGUUCUCCCGAGACAUGUAGUAACACACCUUCACCUGGACUCACUGUGGGAGGCCCCAGAGAAUUUACGCCUGCAGGUCGUGUUGCAUGCGCUGCGUGUGUCUCCGUUGUUUAAUUCAUUCCUCAUCCCAGCAAAUCUGCAGCUAGCCGUGUACGUCACAUGUUUCUGGCUAAAUCAUGUGCAACCCGAGCCAAAAGCGGAAAUGUUCUGGGCUUUACUCAUCGGCCUGGUCUACGGACACCUGUGCAGAGAACAUCAGACUGAGAUAGAGGCAGGCAUGGUGAUUUCGAGGCUUAAAAACCUGCAGGAUCGUAAAGGACAGAAGCUUUUGGACCUGGAGCUGGCUCACGCUUACUGUCAGUGGCAGUGCUGUUUGAAGAUCAGCUUCAAUCUGAACCAGCUACUGAAUCAUCCAGUGCCUGAGCCGGAGCUAGCAUGGUUGUACAGCGGCUCUCUGGUGCACACCGUCGCUCACGAGCUGAUGAGGGGCGUCGAACCCGAGUCUCUUCUCACCGGAGCCUCUUUCGCCGUGGAGCUUUACCGAAAUCUACAGGCCGCGGUGGAGCGCGAGCUGGACGACGACUUCAUCGUGAGAAUGAGGAUGAGGGCGGGGCCGACGUCGCGCAGCGCGAGGUGCGAUCCAGCAGACGAACUGAGCAAAAUGUUCAAACAUCUGAUGGCUGAUGAAGAGGAGGAUGACGACGGUGACAAGAUCUACGAGGAAACCUGCAGCGUUCGCACCAGACACGUAAGCCGAGCUCACACGGAGGAUCCGAGGGCCAAGAAGUACGAACUUGUGAAGUGGUGUUAGAUACGAUACGGAUCAGGACAAAACAACUGAACUGAAACUGAUUGGUUUUUCAUUUAUCACUGCUUUGCUGUCAAAAAAAGGAAAUUAUUCCCAGCACUUUUAUUCUGAUUUUAAUGAACCGUGUGUUUUAAUUGUGAAGUUUCUCAUGAAUUGUAACAGACUUGUGUGUGCUCCACAAGGGGGCGCUCUUACUCAGGCGUGCAUCAGCAUGUGUUCGGCGUUUUUAUCCCCGCUGCCAUGGCACUAUAUCAACAAUCAGCAAUAUUUACUCUGCCACAGCAGCCUAAGAUGAAGAUUUCUUUACCGUGUGUCAGAACGAAUUCCUUUUUUUUUUUUUUUUUUGCGUUAAUACGAAACAUUUUUGUCGUCCGUCUGCAUUCAUGAACCAGCAGAGUUUCUCCAGUUGCAUUUCUCCUACACAGAAAUAUUAACCAGCCUCUUUUAUUCUCAUUGUUUCACUUUAAUUACAUGCAGAAGGACCAGCGCUAUCACUAAGACCAAAGCAAGAGCUGCAACUCUGAAAUAUUUUAAUAAUAUUUUUAAUCCCUGAUCAUUUUUGUUAGGAACUGACGAGAUCUGAGCAGAAUUUUAGUCAUAAUUAAUCGCUUUGUUUUUUUACUAGAGUUGUUUUUGUGGCUGUUUAUAAAGUGUUCAAACAAACAAAAGACAAACAAACAAACAAAAAAAAACCCAGACAAGUAUUAUUAUUGGGUUUUUUUGUUAUUUUUUACACAAUAUUGAAACAGAUAACGAAACUAGCAACCCCAAAAACCGUUUACAUGCUAGUUAACGUGAACAUUUAUUAUCCUUAUUUAUUAGGGUUGUGACUGUUGUUUAUUGUAAUGACAGAUUAUUUAUGAUAAUGCUAAUGCUUUACAUUAAGGUUCCUUUAACUUUAAUAAACAUCAGUGUUAACAAGCUGUUAGUCAUUUUAACAAAGUAAUGAAGUAAGUUAUCACGUAUUAAUAGACCUUUGUGUAAAUAUUAAUGAAACACAUCCUGCAUUAAUGUUUUUUUAAUCCCUGAUUAACAUACAGCAUGUGAGUAAAUGUUGAGAACUUCCUGAACAACCGCGAAACCGCAAAGAAGCGUGAACUCCUCUACGACGUCGGAAAACUUAAAGUUACAGCUUCACCUCUGACUGUAACAAAGCGCUGACACUGGAGACUCCUUCCAUCACUGUUAAAUAAUUAAACGUCUCCUUAGAGCAAACUUCACCACACACACUUUCUGUUCAAUAAAUAACAAAAUUAAUAUAAAGCUAUGAUUUGAAUUACAGCCUGCGCUUCUGUCAGAGCUGCUGUUAUAGAAAAUUAAUCAACAUUUUCUGACCAAUCAGAUUAGAGAACUGAACAGAGGUGUUGAUUGCUGUGGGUUUAAUUUUGAUUAUUCAGCUCGUUUAGUGUAAAAGAAACAUAAGUUAACGUGAGUGUUAGUUAUUGUGUUCAUGUUAUUGAUGAUGUAAUUAAUGCUGAAGUUAAUAAUAUCAGAUAAAUGAACGUUAAUAUAAAGUGUUAUUAUGUUAAUUUUCUAUGUUAAUUAUGUAAAUUAUGUUAAUUAAUGUUAAGCAUUAAUUUUCUCUCCUAAGACAGUAUGGGGCUCAUGCACAUGUGCCAGGAACAGAAAUGAUUAGAAAUUCAAUUCAAUUCAAUUCAAUUUUAUUUGUAUAGCGCUUUUAACAAUGGACAUUGUCUCAAAGCAGCUUUACGGAAAUAAAUGGAUUCACAAAAAUAUAUUGUAAAUAUUUGAAUUUAUCACUGUGAAUUUAUGAAGAUUAUGUUGAAAUGAGAUUAUUUCAGUCUGUUGUAGAGUUUAAUCUCUCGCGCCGUGGUGUUUCAGAGUUCACCGUCUGUUUUUAACAUUAUAAAAUAACUG